AUGUACACCUCCACCAUUCUCUCUUCCAUCCUCUUCUCUGCCGCCGCUCUGGCCGCGCCGACCACCAACCCGAACCACCCCUCUUCCUCCGCCACCAUCUCCACCCAAACCGACACCAGCUCCAUCGACAAUGUCCUUCCCCCCAUCGUCCCCGUCAACACCCGCGCCGGCAACGAAGACCUCAUCACAAAGCUCAUGACCGCACCCACCCAACAAGAGCGCGUCCGCCUCCUCAACCAGCCCGGCGACUUCGUCUUCGACUUCAAUGACUCCGGCGCCCCCGAGGGCUCCGAGUCCCGCGGCAAGGGUGGCUUCUCCACCUCCGCCACGGCGAAGACCUUCCCGGCCCUCAUCGGCAACGGCGCCGCCAUGACCCUCGGCUUCCUCGGCCCCUGCGGCAUGAACACGGCCCACGUCCACAACCGCGCCACCGAGCUCAAUGUGAUCGUGAAGGGCCGCCUCGUCACUAAUUUUGUCGUCGAGAACGGCCUCGGCCCCAUCGCCAACACCAUGGAGACGUACCAAAUGUCCGUCUUUCCCCAGGGCGCGAUCCACCAAGAGUUCAACCCCGACUGCGAGGAUGCCGUCUUCGUCGCCGGCUUCAACAACGUCGACCCUGGCGUCGAGCAGGUUGCUCAGGCCUUCUUCAACCUCCGCCCGGAUGUCGUCUCUGCUACUCUUGGCGGCGUGCAGACCAUUGACGGUGCUGACCUUGAGAGCUUCCGUAAGCACAUCCCUGCCAACAUUGCUCUUGGCAUCGACGCCUGCUUGAACAAGUGCGGCAUCAAGCGCAACGCGAAGCGCGACCUUAACGAGAUCUUUGGUGCUCCUCAGAACUAG